UCAGAUCUGGUGGUGUAGCGUAACACUAGAGCGCCCGGACUUGUAUAAAAUAAACAGGCGAAGGUACAAUAAAUUGAGGCAAACAUAUUUGUGUGUGUGCGCGAACAACAAAAGUACAAGAAAAUACAAAUAUCGAACACAAUGGAAACAAUAAUGUGCGAAACGAUUGGAAAUGCGCCACAGUCAGUCGCUGACGCUGUCUCCACCGACGUUGCCCUCUCAGUCCCAGUCUAUAUCUCUAUAUCACUGGCCCAGUCCGGUCAGCGUCCGAUUCUCAGUCAGACGCAACCGGCUAGUCGGAGGGCCAACAACAAGUCGCAGGCGCGAACAGGAAAUCGAUUGGAAUUAUCGAAAUAAUCGUUUAAAAUAAUUAAAUCGAAUCUGAGUCAUUUUUUGUAAGCAUAGGCCGAUUCAUUAUAAUAAUCGAAAUUAUCGUACAAAACGUAAAAUUGUAUCUGUGAAAUGUCGUCACAUUGUUUAAUAGUGUUUUGUGUUUUCUUUUCAGAAUAAAAAUAAAUUGAUUCCAAAUACCCUCAUGCGCAUUGAUGAAAUAAUGCAAUCUAAUCAAUGUUUAUUUUCUGUCUUUUCUCAUCAACAUUUAAAACAGUUCAUUAGGAUUAACUUAGCUAGCGAAAUGAUUGAAAUAAAUGUAUCGAUAACCCUCUUUCUUUAAUUAUUCUGUUCGAAUAGUAACAAGAGUGCGGUAAAAAGUGUUAGGCUUACGAAAAUACCUUCGUUUGUUAUCCAAACAGGUGACAAGUGUUAAAGUGCAAUGUGCUAAUUAUGUCACACGGGGCGUAUGCGUGAUGUUGAAAGCCAAUAGCAAGUAAAAGCCAAAGUAAAAGGCGCAAACGGCAAACAGAAAUUCAAAAAGAAGAAAGUGUAAAAGGAAAAGGUCUAAACGGCCAUUCAAUACUUGUUGAAUUAUUAGCUGUGCUUGAGUGUUUGAGUGCGGUUGUGGAAAUAAAACAAAUGUCAACUGCCAAUGCCCCGAGAGUGUAAAGGGAAAUAUGUGAAAAAUACAAGACGAGUGCCAGGGGAAUCCAUGGAAAACGAAAAUGAAGUGUCAGCGAUUUGGGAUGAAAUUAUCAAUUGGCCAAGCUGCUGCUGAAAUGUGAUUUAUCCACCUGCCUGCGGGUGAGGUGUACUGCGAGCGGUGUGUUAAGUGUGUGCGUGUAGACAACAAAGGGAAAUAAUGUCAUGCAUUGGCUCGACGGCAUUUCUUUGGAUGACAAUUUAAUUAGCGGACGCGCCAGCGGCAGCAACGGCGACAACAGCGACGGCAAUCAGCGGAAAUCAACGCAGUCGAGCUCAUCGCCCACCAAAGCAAGUUUUCUUUCACAUGCGGGAAUACUAAUGCACGACUAUGCUCCGAGAACGAAGACGUCAUGCACACUUUAAGCUAAACAGCAGAUUGGACAGAAAGUCAUCGCGUGGCAUGAUAUACGAAAAUGAGGAGCUCAGGCUGCGCACCAUUAACAUUAAUGCAGAAGUGGAACGAGGGCAAUCGGACAUCAAACGCCUGCGGCGGGAAAAUGAGCAUUUGCGUCGGGAAAUCUGGACUUUGCGGGACGAGUGUGACAGGCUUAACAAACGCUUCAAGGCGAAGCUCAGCGAACACGAGUUCGGUGGGUGCAGGGGCAGCGGGGGUAGUGGCGGCACCUGCCACGCCUACCGCUGCAGCGGCGGAGGCGGUGGGCGCGGGAGCGGCGGUUGUGAUGUAAACAGUGAUGACUCUGACUCAUGUGAUACGUGUCGCGGGGCAGACGACGGCCACUGCAGCGACGAGUGCUGCCAGGAGGGAGGAUCCUGUGCGCCGCUUAAGCCCCCACUUCCGCCGGAAGUGCCCAGCCACCCGUCUCCAUCGAAGAACGAGGAGGGUGGCAGCCAGAACAAGGAGCAGCAGCCCAUGCACUUCGAUCACCUGUCGGUUGUCUCCGAGGAGACGCUGAGCAAUCCGGAGCUGAUGCUCGCCCAGCAGCAGGAGCACCUCACGAUCUGCCCGCCAGACCCCAACGGAUCGCAGAGCACGCUGCCCAGCAUGAUGGGACCGAUCACCCCGCUCACGCCCAUCGAACUGGUGGCCAACCAGCUGAACGACCUGCAGGCCAUGGUGCCACCAUUGUCCUACUUCGAGAACAUCUUGUCGCAGCAUAUGGGCGCACGCAACGCGGCCCAAACGCCCUCUCCGGAGUUGGGCACCAGUUCGAGCACCACCACCGGCCAGACGAUGCGCCACACGAAUGGCUGGGACUACAACCUGCAGUCGCCCUUCACGCAGCGCAAGUACUCCGAUCUGUCGUCGCCGUCCCGCUCGCCGCCGCCACCUGUGAACACGAUGACCACCUUCGUGCCCACGUCCACCCUGCAGACGAUGCCCAAGAUCGCCCUGAAUGCGCCACCGCAUCAGCCGGAUGGUGGCGACAUCGAAACAGUGGCCAUCACCACGAAUGCCACGCAACAUGCGCUCAACAGUCCCAAGCACUUCUUUGCGCCGAUCAAGCCGCGUUUGAAGCUCAACACCAAGUUGGCCAAUCAGGGCCAGGACCUGGAGCAGGACGACCUUCCGCCGGGCUCUCCGCCGCCACCGCUGCGAGAUCCCCCGGAUAUUUUCGUGAACAACGCCCUGGCCUCGCCCUAUCAGCGACGGGUGUCCCCACAAACGGAUUCCGUGAACUUGGAGUCGAUCCUCAACGACAUCGAGACCAUUUCGGAGGACAUACUGGCCAUUCAGCUGGAGAAGAGCAAGUCGCGCGACAACCUAAGCCACAAUCACAACAACAAGGACGAUGAUCGGGCGAAGAAACCCUAUCGCUCCGAGAUGAAUCUGUAUCUGCAGUACGACGGCACAAAUCCGACCAUUUCGCCCGCCACAACGGCAACGGAAAUCGGAACGUCUGCUCCGGCGGUGACCACGUCCAGUGAGUCGGGAAAUAGUGGGAGUGGUAAAUUAAUGCGACGCACCCGAUCCCUGGAGAGGGAGCACACCGACAGUCCUGCCCCGCACAUUCCGGACCCCAUGGCUCCGUUUCCCGACAAGUGCACCUAUCUGGGAUUCGAGCAGAUGAACCAGGCAGCAGCAGGGGCGGGGGUGCCUCCUCAAUCACCAAAUGGCCAGAGGCCGCCCAUCGCAGCCAAGCCGAACGUACCACUUAAGCCACCGCCCCCGCUGCCACCUGCCCGCAGGCCAGCCAUGCCCACAGAACCACCGCCCCCGCCUCCAGCCACUUCCGCUUCCGGCGUAGUCGGCCUGCCGCCCAACAAGAGCCACCUGUACAAGUCACUCGCCUCGGCGGCGGCCAAAAGGGCCAUCUUCCGCUCCUCGCCAUCGCAGCUAACCAGAUCCUUGGACGUGGACCUCACGGGAGCAGAGGGGGAGGCGGGCAUUGAACAGACAGCUGCUGGAAAUAUGGACGAGUUGGCGCGGCGAAAGGCGCGACGCGUGUCCAUUGUGUGUGGAUCCGGACAGGGUGCCCAGCAGGAUGAGGUGGCCGUGCCCGUGACCACCGUGCCCAUGUCUACCGCAAGUUGCGUGGACCUGAGCACCGUGCUCGCCCACCCGAGCGUGAAGGCCUUUAAGAUGAGUCACAGCACGCCUAGUUCGCCGCAUUCCUCGCGUCGUCGCACCAACAGCAACUCGAUGGCUCCGCCUCCGGCAGUGCCGGCGGGUGGUGGUCACCCCGAGGUCGGGGCCACUUCGUCGGCACCGCCCAGCACCUCCCACCAUUACCACCAUCGCAAGGAGGGCAGUGAUCCGGUUCCCAUGACGGCCACUGUUAGCCGCACCAAGUGCUCCAGGCGGCAUUCCGAGGGCACCGUUCACACCGUCCACCGGAACAGCGCAGCCAGCGGCGGCGGAGGAGGAGGAGGAGGCGGUGGCCACCACCAUCACCACAGCCACCACCAUCCGCACAGCGGGAUGGUGAUCAGCAGCAACCCGCACCACAGCCACCAUUCCCACCAGGACAGCAACCACGAGACGGUCACCUCGCUGUCCGAUCGCAACUCUAAUAGUUUCGCCUCCUCGCGCGAAUCCUCCACGAGCUUUAGCAUGCGCUCCAAUCGCCGGAAGAUUUCGGUCAGCUCGCACACGGGCGGCAAGAUUCCGUGGUGCGGCUGCUGGGGCAACGGGUGCCUGUAGAUCGGGGGAGGGGGAGGGUAAACUCAUCUACCGUCCAGGAAGAAACUCAGUGUAAUUCACUUAGCUGGCUGUUUUAAGUUCUCCAUAAUUUUCAGUUGCAUGAAAUUUACAAUUAAAAAACUAAGUUCGAACAGUCAUGUUCGAAAUUUAUAUGUACGAUUUUUAAUUUCUCAAAUAAAGCUGAUAAAUGCAGUCAAAGAGAUUAAGAGGUCUCUGAAAAGUUAUAAAAUAAAUCCAUCAAAUUGUAUAAGUCACUAUAAGCAAAGAUGGCAACAUAGAUGGCAACUUUCUUAACAGAAAUAAAUAAAAACACUGCUGUAAGCCGUGCUUUUUUUAUCAUCGUAAUUCUGUUCAAAUUUUUAAAAUUAUUUAUUGAUUGUAUCCCCUAUUUGGAAUACGUUAGAGUCCAUUUGAAAAGUAAAUAAUUUCGUUAUUUUCCACGUCUAGAUUUUAUUUUGGGCCAUUUGCAAAACUAUUUUGUAAAGCGCUUUUAUGUUAAAAAGUUGUCUCAAGCCAAAAACUUAAAAGUUAAAAAACGGUUUAUAUCAUUUCAAGCAUAAUCCACUCAGAUUUUGUUUUCGAUUAAGGUCAAUAUUGACUGCAGCUAAGUGAAAUUACACUGUAUUCCAUUAUUGAGUGUACAUUUCUAGAUCCUCAACUAUCCAAUUUAUGUGUUUGUAUAUGGCUUACAAAUUGUUAAAAGAAAAACAGCAAAGCAAUUUGUUUCUAGAAACCAGGUACAAAAACAGUUUUAAAAAGUUUAAAAUUUAACCAACUUAAUCCGAUAUUAAUCCUGAACUUUGUUGUACAUAUUCUUAUAGAAACGAUUAAGUUGUAGAAUUUAAAUGUUGGUCUCGAAAACUAAGUCAUGUAAAUGGUAUAAUCAAACCUAUGUUUUUAUAAUUGUUGCUUAAUUGGGAAUGAACAGAAAUCAGAAAUAUAAAAUAGAAAAUUA